UUGGUAACUGCAAGAUGGUGGUGAAGUAUUUUAUAUUAAUGCUAUUGUGUGUAUAUAUAUGAAUUAUGGGUCCUGUGCGGCUAUUUGAGAUGUGUAACAGGCGUGUUUUGAAAGGAGGUGGCCUCUUCGCUGUAUCAACUUUUCAGUUAUUUUGCUCAAGAUAUUUAUAAAUUACUUUUUUUGUGUUCAUAAGUUGACAGCCGUUUAAUGGCUUGUAAAAAGCACCGCGAGACUAUAUGCUCAUUUAGGACUAAAUAUGUAUUAUUUUUAUAUGUACUUACUUUUACUGUGUCAAAAAUCGAUUUCUGUAACUGUAAGAAUGAAAGUUUAGUGUUCUUCAUACCAUCUCGGUUACAAAAAGAAUCAGAGGAAUUGAGUAAUCAGAAGCAGUAUGUUGUGAGUUUGAACGCUAAAGUUUUAGCGCAAGAGCGCGAAAGACUUGAAAAAUCUUUUCAACAGCAAAAUCUUUUUAAUUUUGCAAAUAACCAUAAACGUGCAGGUAUUGAUCACGAAAAACUUUUUGACAAACCAAGCAACAUCGGUUCAUAUUUAAGGAAAAUUACAAAUGAAGAGCUCUGUGUAACUACUAUGCAGGCUAUAUAUGAUGAUCUGCCAUCAUAUGAAGUUGCUGAAGAUUCACAACAGAUUGUCAAUGAG